AUGGCUACUACGUCUCAAUUUAAGCAACUUGAGAAAUUAGGUAACGGAACCUAUGCGACGGUAUAUAAGGGUCUCAACAAGACUACGGGUCUAUAUGUUGCUCUGAAAGAAGUGAAGUUGGACUCAGAAGAGGGGACGCCUUCGACUGCAAUUCGUGAAAUUUCGUUAAUGAAGGAGCUGAAGCAUGAAAAUAUCGUAAGGUUAUAUGAUGUGAUACAUACGGAGAACAAGCUAACGCUAGUAUUUGAGUUUAUGGAUAAUGACCUGAAGAAGUUUAUGGAUUCUAGAGUUGAUAGAGAGAUGCCCCGAGGCUUAGAACUCUCACUGGUGAAGUAUUUCCAGUGGCAGCUACUGCAAGGGGUAGCCUUUUGUCAUGAAAACCGCAUUUUGCAUCGUGAUUUGAAGCCUCAAAAUUUGUUAAUUAAUAACAAAGGGCAGCUAAAAUUAGGUGACUUUGGGCUGGCAAGAGCAUUUGGGAUUCCCGUAAAUACUUUUAGUAGCGAGGUCGUGACGCUCUGGUACCGGGCUCCAGAUGUUUUAAUGGGCUCCAGGUCCUACUGUACCUCUAUCGAUAUAUGGUCCUGCGGCUGCAUACUUGCAGAGAUGAUAAUGGGCAAGGCCUUGUUUCCAGGCACUAACGAUGAUGAACAACUAAAGCUGAUUUUCGAAACCCUGGGAACCCCAACAGAGCAGAUGUGGCCAGGUGCAAGUCAAUUACCAGAUUACAACCCACAAAUUCCUCUCUACCCACCCAAGGACUUGAAGCAGUUACUUCAGCCAACCACCAACGAAAAGAUCAGCGAUAUUUUGAUCAGUUUGUUGCAUGGUUUACUGCAAUUGAACCCUGAUAUGAGGCUAAGCGCCCAGCAAGCAUUGAAUCAUCAUUGGUUUGAGGAGUAUCGUUGA